GCCCUGACCUCGACCUGAACCCGGCCCCGUGCGGUGCUGGGGAUGGACCCCGCAGGCCUCACCCUGAAGCUGCUGCUGGUCGGAGACAGCGCCGUGGGCAAGUCCAGCCUCCUGCGGAGGUUCACGGACGGCGCGUUUGAGCCGAGCCUCAAACCCACCAUCGGUGUUGAUUUUAGAGUGAAGAAGAUGGUGGUGGACGGCCAUGCGGUACAGCUUGCCAUAUGGGACACGGCAGGACAGGAGCGCUUUAGAACACUGACUCCCAGUUAUUACCGAGGAGCUCAAGGGGUUGUUUUAGUGUACGAUGUUACAAGAAAAGACACUUUCACAGGACUAGAAAGCUGGCUGAAGGAGCUGGAAAUCUAUACCUCCAAAAGCAACACUGUGAAGAUGUUGGUUGGCAAUAAAACUGAUAAGCCUGAUCGUGAAGUAGAGAGAAAAGAAGGACUCCAGUUUGCUAGGAAACGCUCAUUGCUUUUUAUAGAGACCAGUGCCAAGACACAGGAUGGAGUGCAACAUGCCUUUGAGGAACUAGUCAGAAAGAUCCUGCAGACACCAAAUCUUUGGGAUAAAAGCACAGAGAAACGGGGAGUCCAGCUAAUGGAAUCUUCAGCCCAGCAGCAUAAAAGUUUAUGUGGUACUUACUGUCCACUUACUUAAAUCUACAGGUGGCUGUUCUGCCUGAAUGGAGGGGACCUAAAAAAAAAAAGGGAGGGGGGAUGGAUUCCAAGCACUAAUCUGUGCCAUGUUUGACCUGCCAGCAGCUGUGCAGAUCCAAAAUACAAACUGGGUAGCAAAAUACAUUUGUGUUCAUUAACAAAAUCCAAUUUCUCCUCCCCUGAUGCACAGCUGCUAUCUGCAGAUAUUUCUCUGGUACCUCUCAGAUUUUUUUCACUAUUCAGUCAUAGUGCUGCUGAGAGUGUUGUGCUCUUGCUGUACUGGCAGUCAACAUGGACUUUUUCUGGAAUUCCUGCCUUAGCAGAAAUAAGGUAGUAUUCCAGUUUGGAAUAUUGAAAAACUUCUCUUCCCUGGGAUGGCAUGGGAGUUUUAGGCACCCAUUUUAGGCACCCAAGUUCCCUUAAAUGUAAUUAACAGUCAGAAUUACCCUGAGCAGUGGACAUAGUUUCCUGAUUUUAAAAAGUUAAAAUUGCUACCUGUCCCCAGACAGUGAGCUGACUUACUACUUAAUUUUAGGGUUGUCAUGAAGAUGUGUAUCUAUUAACAUUUGGCAGGAAAAUCCCCCACUUCUGUGCAGUGCACUAUUCAUACAGUACAUAAUAGGUUACCCUAUGCUGCUCUUAAAUACUUUGUAUUUAGGAUCAGUGGUGAAAUGGAGCCAUCCUUUUGGACUGCCUCACACUGUGGGUCCUUUUUGCCAUCAGAGUGGUUCUCUGCAAACUCACAUUCCUGUCCUCACUCAGCAACUGCAAGGCUCCAACUAAAUUUAAUAGAAAAUGUGCUAUGGAAGACUUUCUGUUGCCAAUCCCAUUAUGAAUUUAUCUUUUUACCUUUUACACCUGGUAUCUUAGCAUUGUAUCUUGGUAUCUUAAGUUUUUAGUUAUUGCAACUUAAGGUGGACCUUGUAUGUAACUUGCCUUGCUUCUCUUAAUGCAUAUAGUUUCUACUGUUAGGCUGUGUUUGAUCAUAAACAUACAGCUUUAUUUACUGCUAGUCAUUCAAAAUAUUUUAAGAUGUUAAGAUGGCAACCUUGCUUUAAAUAAAUUCUGACCCUUAGUUUUCUUUAAAUUAAAUCUGUAUCUUCUGAACAUG